AUGGAACUGUGCAGUCUGGCGAAUGUGACCCGUAAUAGCCUGUCCGCUAUUAACCGAUUGGUGGCUAAACAGAACCCCUCGCGGAUAUUGGAGUGGUUCGGCCUACAGGACACGGAUCUCUACAUCUAUAUCAGUCUAUUCAUCGCAUAUACGGCAAUCGAUACCUUGGCAUCACAUGAGAGACAAACACUAAACACUAAGUUAGAGUCCAUAAGAAUCGCGAAAAACGAGUCCAUUGUUGACAACAAGAGUGACACCAAAAUUAAUGCUAAACCCGAGUCAAAACAAUCCUUGAAUGACCAGAUCCAGGAUAUAUGGGUACUAACAAAACGGGCUCAGUUGGUGUCUAUACGCAAUCCCCAUGUAAUAUGGUUACGAUUUCUAUUCAUGAUCAUAUCCCUGUUCACUAAACUAAUGAUGUACUCGGGCGUCAAAGUGGGACAGUGGGGUGGGGGUGAAUGCGCGGACAGGGAGUCAGUGUUGGCCCGUUUGAGUGAAUUUGGCAGCCGAGAGAGCACUGAGAGGUUCCGGGCUUUGCAACAAAAUUGCUCAUAUAUUUUGAGCAAUAUUUUGUUCAUACAUGCCGUCAAUAUCGGGCCCACACUCAUGACAUUCACCGUCGAGUUGAAUAUAUUUGUCAAGGAGCAUUUCAACAAAUGGUAUACGUGUUGGUCAUACUUCACGGCCCGUUCCCUCGUAGACAUACCAAUCGUAUUGAUAUUAACCAUAAUGUUCUCCACAAUCAUGUGGUGGAUAACCGGUCAGGUAUGGGAUGGGUGGCGGUUCAGUGCACACCUCCUCAUUAUGAUACUCCUGGCACUGGUAUCCCAUAGUCUGGGACUACUAGUAUCGGCCAUAUUCAUGAAUAACAUCCGGGUCUGUCUCUGGUCAUUCACUAUAUUCAUUGCGCCACAAAUGCUAUUAAGUGGUGCACUCAUACCCAUCCGGGUACUGCCCUCAUAUUUGCAGACUUUC